GAACUUUAGAUCUAGUCAACAUGCAUUCUACUUGGUCCUUGCUACCACUGGUGGCUUCUAUUGCCUCAGCUGCUCCCUCUUUGUUGCGUAGAGCACCUACCAAUGCACCUGUUGUCAACCUGAAGAACGGUUCAUACUAUGGUGUACACAACAGCCAGUACAACCAGGACUUCUUCUUGGGUGUCCCAUUCGCAAGACCACCAAUCGACGAGCUGCGAUUCGCCAACCCUGCGUCGUUGAAUCUGUCUUGGACUGGCGCUCUCCCAGCUACAAACUACGCCUUUGAAUGCAUUGGUUAUGGUGGCGAUCAGGUUGGCUAUCAACAGAGCGAGGACUGUCUCUACCUCAAUGUCGUAAGACCAUCCGGCUACGAAGAUGCCAGCUUGCCCAUGGUUGUCUGGAUCCACGGUGGCGGCUUCUACAUGGGUGGCGCUGUUGACCGAAGAUACAACCUGACUUUCCUCGUCGAGAACUCUGUCAAGAUCGGAAAGCCAAUCAUGGCCGCUAGUGUUGCUUACAGACUGGGUCCUUUUGGUUUCCUCAAUGGUGAUGAGAUCGCUGGUGCUGGUCAGACUAACGUCGGUCUCAAGGAUCAGCGUCUGGCUCUCCAAUGGAUUCAGGAGAACGGUGCCGCUUUCGGUGCCGAUCCCAGCAAGGUCACUAUCAUGGGAGAGUCUGCAGGUGCUGCUUCCGUGGGUUUCCAGCUGACUGCCUUCGAUGGCCGCGAUGACAAGCUCUUCAGAGGCGCCAUCAUGGAAUCUGGAAACGCAAUCUCAUACAAUGCCCUCAACAGCUCUGGAGCAUACCAGCCCAGAUAUGCUGCUCUGACCAAGGCUGCGGGCUGCGGUAACUCCACCAGCACCCUGGACUGCCUUCGUGCCCUGCCACUCUUCGUCCUCAACAACAUCCUCAACACCACUGAGUUCAACAGCCGCUGGAACCCUGCUCUUGAUGGUGACUUCAUCGCUCGGUAUGGUAGCGAGCAGCUUGCUGAUGGAGCUUUCGUCCACGUCCCAAUCAUCAACGGCGCAAAUAGCGACGAGGGAGUCUCAUUCAGCCCCAACGGUAUCAACAGCACCGCCGACAUUGAAAAGUACUUGAACAACACUUCAAACACGCAAUAUGCCUUGACUCCCGACCUUGUCCAGGAUCUUCUCCGUGUCUACACCAGUGGUGCCUCCGAUUAUCUCAUCCCCUCGACCGAAGAGCUAGGUCAAAACGUCACAUCCCUCGGUCCUGCAUAUGGGCCCUUGUACCGCGCCUCAGCCGCCUACUUUGGCGACGAAGUCUUCAUCGCCAACCGCCGCAAGACCUGCGAAGUCUGGGCCGCCAACAACAUCUCCGCCUACUCCUACCGCUUCAACGCCAUCCCCACGGGCUCCCAAUACGUAGCCCACUUCCAAGAAGUCGCUUUCGUCUUCAACAAUCUUCAAGGUCUUGGUUACGCCAUCCCUCCUUUUGCAAACAAGUCUUCUGCUUUUACCGAACUCAGUGACUUUAUGAGUAAAAGUUGGGUGACCUUUGUGCAUGAUCUGGAUCCCAAUGGUUAUGCGGGAAAGAACUCUAGUUUACCUACUUGGCCGGUUUAUAGUAUUGAAGCGCCGCAGAAUAUGGUGUUUGAUGCUAAUGUUACUAGUCAUGCUGAGGCUGAUACUUGGAGAGCGGAGGGUAUCAAGUUGAUUAGUGAUAAUAAUGUUCAGUAUCAUAGAUAGAGCGACUUGACAAUGUUUUGUAAAUAGCCAGAGCCGGAAAUCCAUAAUGUUU